AUGUUCCAGCUGAAGGUGCUGUUCCUGGCGUUGCUCGCAGCCGUGGCGGCAAAGAACGCUACCUCGGCCUCUGCCACCGUCGACUGGCUGCCGGUUUUCGAGCUCAGGGUCAGAAAUAACAGAGCCUUUGAUUACACAAUAGAAAUGGGAAGCCCUCAACAAACAUUGGAGGUACGGUUGGACGUGGGAAACGCGAUUUUGUGGGUGCCCGGCGCAGAAAACUUCACCGCGUGCCCAACCACGAGUCCGUCUUCUACCCCAGCCAGUUCCUCCACCUCGGGGAUCGCCUCCACUUACACUACCCCUUGCGCUCCGUUCGGUGUCUACGACCUCAACAGUUCUUCGAGCGGGUCUUACUUUUCCAGCGCAAAAGAUAUGGCCGUCGCGAGCGUGGACGACGCCACGAGAGUGGACCUGUCGUACCUCGACGGUGUCGGGGUUUCGGGAUAUCUGGCAGUGGACGAUUUCAACUUCCCCAUCUACGACGCAUACAAAGAUGGCUCUUCUGUCAACCACUCGCUGAGUUUCCAAGAAAUCACGUUUCUGUACGCCAACGACUCGAACGUGAACACGGGCGCGCUUGGCUUGGGAAUCCAGGGAAACGACCACUCUGUCAGUGUCCUCGACUUCUUCAAGGACGGAAACUUCAUUCAAAACAGCUCCUACUCGCUGGUCACAAGCGCGCUGAACAACAGCGACCCAGUUCUGAUCUUGGGCGGAGUUUCGUCGACGCGAAUUUCCGGCGACUUCUACCAGUACGACUUCAUCCCUGUUGUCGAUGUCACGCAGCGUUUUGUCACGGUCAACGGCGGAUACUCCGACAUCCUACCGGUUGUUCCUAUAACCGGCAUCGGAGUAACAGCUAGCGACGGCGACACAGUGAUGUUCCCGCGCACGUUCACCGAGGACAACGACACCGGAACGUACCCAAAACCUGCUCUGCUGGACUCGCGGACGCUGUACAACUUCAUUCCGUACUCGACGCUCAUUGAGCUGGCGUUGGAGCUCAACGCAUACUACGCCGGCGACAUAGACAUGUGGCUUGUCGACUGCGACGUUGGCUCUGUCGGCACAAUCGACAUUCAUCUCGGAGACCUGGUGGUGAACAUGCCCAUAAGCAGCGUCUUGUACGAGCAGAAGAACGACGACGGCACGGAUCUGGUGUUCCAAAACGGGGCAAAAGCCUGUGCCCUGGCUUUUCUCCCGGAUAACACUCUCGGAUACUCGCUGCUCGGCAUUCCUUUCAUCAAUAACAUUUACUUGGCCGUUAACAACGAUUACAGAACGCUGGCAAUCUCCAACCUAGUGCGCGACGAGAAAGAGAAUUCAAAAGCAGACGUUUUCUACCCGAUGGACUCGGAGACCAUUCCUCUUGCUCGGUACAAUAAUAUUUCCAGCUAUUCGGAAAUCACUAUGACUGUCACCACGUACGCUUUAAAAUCCUCCCAGCUGCCCCAAUUCACGGAGGCUUUCGUCUCCGACGGCGAAGUGUACGUGACGGGCACACACGACUUGCCGUCCACCUCAGCAGGGCCAUCUCCUUCUGGCUCCUAUUCCAGCUCGACCAGAAACGCCGCCUCGGACCACCGCUCGAGCACGGCACUGCCGUCUCUGCUGGGUCUGCUUGUGCUGUUUGUGUACCUUCUCUGA